UCACUUUCACCUCUGCAGCAUCUCUGUCACUUUCACCCCUGAAGUAUCUCUUUGUCACUUUCACCUCUGCAGUAUCUCUUAUCACUUUCACCUCUGCAGCAUCUCUGUCACUUUCACCUCUGCACUAUCUCUUUGUCACUUUCACCUCUGCAGUAUCUCCUCAUUCCCCUUCCAUUUCACCUCUGCAUCUCCCCAAUAUACCCCCUCCUCUCCUCUGGCCCUUUCCUUACCAAGUCCAGACUGUUCUCACCUUACAGCUGGACUAUGGGGUCUGAUGCUGGGGGUCUGUCUACCUCAAUGCUCUUCCCACUCUAGUUCAUCCUCCAUUCAACCACCAAAGGGAUUUUCGUCAAGUGCAGGUCCAAUCACGUUAUGCACACUCAGUAAUUCCAUGGGCGGCUACUAAGUCUCAGCUACAACCCCACCUUCCACAGGAAGCCUUUCCCAAACCUUCUCAACUCUCGUGCCAUCUCUCUGUUGAUUAUUCCCAAUGGAUCCCGUCUACAACUUGUUUGCUUGUGGGUUUUCUUUCCCAUUAGAUUGCGAGCUCCCCGAGGCCAAGGGUGGCUUUUACUUUUCUUUGUCUCCCCGGGCACAGUGCUUGUCACACACAAUAGGCAUUUCAUAAAUGUUAUUGAUGGGCAAAUCCGACUCCUUCCCUUUUAGAGAGGGAGGGACAGACCCAGAGAAAGAGUUGGCAGAAAUAGGAUUUAAUUCCCCGAACUCACCCUUCUUUUUGUUGGUCCACAUCACCUCCUUCUCCCUCAUUUUUGUCACGUUUUAAUCUGGCUGUUUAUAAACAUGGACUAUUUUAAUGGACAUCGUGAUGCACGUUGCAAACUCGAGCCUUACUGGUUUCCAUUACCAUGCCACACCACGGAGCCACGUAUUCGGAGAUUUUCAAGCGAAAAAGGUGUCCGAGCGUUCCUACCGGACGGAGGCCCAAGCCACGCUGGUGCAUGAAGCUGGCCUUCAUCCCCAGCAUGGAGGGAGGCUCGAGCCUGUGCUGCCAGGAGCCCUGCACAGAGCUGGCGGAGAGGGUGGCUGCCAUCGACGUGGCCGAGCCGGGGGGCGCCGGCGCAGGGGAUGACGCUGCCGUCUUCUCUGGGGAUGGCCACGGCCCGGACUUUCCCGCAAGCGGCGGCCCCGCUGGAGCCCGAGAGAGGAUCCCAUCGGCCCCCUCCCUCACCACACGAGACGCCCACCCCCGGGAGCCCAAGGAAGUCCCCGUCCGGCCCUCGCUGACUGACAGGAAGCUCUCUCUCCAGGAAAAACCGAGCAGAAGCUGUCUCUCUGCCGCCUGCCCCUCCGGCAGCGGGCCCUAUGCCACGGGUCCUGCCAACCACGUCUCGCCCCGCAUCGCGCGCCGGCCCACCAUCGAAUCCAACCGAGUGUCCAUCUCGGAUGUGGAGGACUGCGUCCAGCUAAACCAGUACAAACUCCAGAGCGAGAUUGGAAAGGUGGGUUGGCCGGGGCCUCCGGUCCUUCUCUUGCCCCCACGGCUUCCGCCCUUGCUCCUGGCCUGGGGGGCUUCCUCUUCCGGGGCAGCUGAGGGCAUAGAGCUGGGCGGAGGCCCAGGAUGGUGCCGGGGAUGGGCACAAGGAGCCGGGGCUUCUGCUCUGUCGGGAAGCAGGACGGCUCUGCUGCAGCCGAGACACAGAGACAGGGGCAGAGACAGACAGACGUUCCCUUCUCCAAGUGCAAACAUUCUUGCAUCAAGAGCCCGGCCCAGAGAGGAUGCUCUGCUCCCUCUGAGGCUGCUGGGGCCGACUGCUCUGCAGGGGCCCUCGGGGCAGCAGCCAGCGUCCCUUCUCGGGCCUCAGUCUCCCCCUCUGGUGGGCUCAGUACCCUCGGAGGGGGCGACCUGCCCAUCCUGCCCGUGGACGAAGGAGAGACAGAAACACAGGCAGAGACAGAGAGAGACGCAGGGGAGAGACGGCGUUUGCGGGAGCCGGGAGGGGCGGGUGCCUCCCCCCGCUGGCGCUGGGCUCCGGCCGCCACAUUUGGGGGGCGGCGUCCAUGAGGGCGGGAGUGUCCGGACCGGGCGGAGAAUGGGGGGCAGAGAGCCUUGCCUGGGGCCGCUUGCCUUCCCCUGGGAGGUCUGGAAGCCCCUCGAGUUGGAACACUGGUGUCCGAGGCCCCGCCCCCUCGGCGCUCUGGGACCGCCCCCGGGCGGAGACGCCCCGCCCCCCGGGGCUGCUGGGCGGGGCCGAUCCUGGCUGCUGGGGUGGGGGGGCGCCUUGGAGUCGGAGCUGGUGUCCGAGGCCCCGCCCCCUCGGCGCUCUGGGACCGCCUCCGGGCGGAGACGCCCCGCCCCCCGGGGCUGCUGGGCGGGGCCGGGCUCGGGCGCUCUCCGAGGUGCUGCCUCUGAUAUCCCACCCGGGCAGUGGCUGAGGGGCCUGGAGGCCGCUGUGUGGGGAGGCCCCGGGGGCGGGCCCGGCGCUGACCUCCCGGUUUCUCUGACUCCCCAGGCCAUGAAGGUCCUGUCCAAGAAGAAGCUCCUGAAGCAGCACGGAUUCCCGCGGCGGCCUCCCCCACGCUGGCUCCGCGGCCGGGUUUGUCAGGAGUCCCCUUGGUUCCCCUUGGACUGGUUAUCAGGGAGACCCAUCAAAGAAGCCUGGCCCUGGUUCACCGGAUGGAACCAUCGAGUGACCGGCACUAGGGCCCGAGGUACGCCUGCCCGGCUGGCUGUGAACUGCCCGGCGAAAGCGCGGGCCAGGUCCAUGGGCCGAGUCACGGCCAUGACUCUGCGCCGCGAAGUGCUGGGCUGCAGUGGUCCGCCCAAAAGGGUGAGUACCUUACCUCUCACCAUCCCUCAAGUGGGGGAGCGGGAGAUGCCGGGCCGAGGGUCCCCGGAGGAGGCCGCAGCCACAGAGCAAAGGCCAGACUCCCAGGAGGGUCGCUGGACUGAACAGCGCCGAAAGCUCAACCCCGGAAAAGGCACCUCAUUCCGGACCCAGUCCUACAAAAAGCCUGAACCAUCAGCAAGUGACACGGAACAAAGUCGAGGGGCUGGCCUGGGAGGGGUCUCCAGGCCAUCCAGAGGAGUGCGAGGCGCCUGGGUACCACCAGCACUUAAACCCAAGCGACAUGGCCUGGCGUUCCUGCCCUGGCGGACCGGGGAGCCAAGGCGAGGCGAGAAGGCAGAAAAGGCAGGCCCUGACUGGUGCUGGGCAAGUCCCGGGAGCCAGCCCUGGCAGAAUGCCCAGACUCCCCAGAACCCUAUGUCUCCCCUUUCUGUCGCCGCAGUCCAUUACCAGAAGAUCAUCCACCGGGACAUCGCCAUCAACCUGUGGCAUAGUAACCCACUGUGUGCUCUCUUUCAGGCGCUGGACGUCUGGGCUACGGGCAUCACUUUGUACUGCUUUGUCUACGGGAAGUGCCCUUUCAUCGAUGACUCCAUCCUGGCCCUGCACCAGAAGAUCAAGCAUGAGGAAGUGGGAUUCCCAGAGCAGCCCCUGAUCAGCGAGUCUCUGAAGGACCUGAUCCUCCGCAUGUUGGACAAGGAUCCCCAGACGAGGAUCGUGAUCCCGGAGAUCAAGGUGCACCCCUGGGUGACCAAGAACGGGGCGUGUCCGCUCCCCUCGGAGGAGGAGCACUGCAGCAUGGUGGAGGUGACGGAGGAGGAGGUGAAGAACUCGGUGAAGCUGGUCCCUCGGCUGCCCACAGUGAUCCUGGUGAAGGCCAUGCUGAGGAAGCGCUCCUUUGGGAAUCCAUUCGAAGCCCACUUCAGAUCCGAGGACAGGACUCCGCCAAGAAACGUAUUAAAGAAGGACGCCUGUAACAAAGAAGUGCCUGAGCCCCGAGAGGACCAGCCGGCCUCCUGAGCUCCCCGGCCCCCUCGGGGGUCCUCGCACCGCUGCCGUCGCCAUUCAUCCCGGGAUCAUGCGCCCACCCCAUGGACGACGUCACGGCCGAGCGAAGGUUGUGAGGAGGAGGGUCCCGGGGACGGGAGCGUGGGGGACCUUGUUUACAGCCAGGCCCGGGCCCGGAGCCAGCCCCGAGUCUGCGCCUCAUCUCCCCGGGCCGCCCCCGACUGAUGAAUGUGCUUAAUUUAUGAUUCAGUGGAGCUGCCGCCCCCUGGGGGGGGGAGGAACCUCUCCCUGCGAGUUACCGGGGCCCCUGCAGCGCGGAGGGGGAGGGGGCCCCGCAGACUCUGCUCUCCCCCCGGAC